UUGAUUAUUUAAGAAUAAGAACAAACUAUUAUUCUCUAUUUCUAGUAUUUUUUAUUGUCAAUUUAAUAUGUAAUUAAAAUUAAAAAUUUACUCUUUAUUAUGGCAAGUCUUAGUAAUCCUGAAGAAGUUAUUUUACACUACAAAUAUAUUUUAAAUAAAACAAAAAAAAAAUUAUUUCGCAAAUUAAAUACAUUAGAACCUAGUGAUUUAUUUGAAAAAUUGGCAAUAUCGUGCCAAAAAAAUGACAAAAAUGCAUAUGCAGCAUUUUGCUGGCAAGCUGUUGCAAAAUGUGAAGAAUCUAUGGGUCAUAGUUGCGAAGAGGCAAUUGCUCAUCAAAAAGCUGCUCGUCAAUAUUUCCAUGAGUUCAAAAAAACAGAAUCAUCUGGAUUUAUUUCACCUUACAAUGAAUAUUUACAUGCAGCAUUAAGUGAAAUGUGUCGUGUUGAAGAUAGUUUCCAAGGAAACUCAUUUGAAAAUAUUUUGAAAACGUCAGCUCGCUUAGAAACAGCUGAUACUUUAGUUAAACUUGGUAAAUUAGAUGAAGCCUUGUUCAUUGCUAGUAGUUUAAGUGAUAUUCCACAAGAAAAUCACGCACUUAAAUUAAUAGUUUUAGAACAAAUAGCAUCUAUUCAAAUACUCUCAGGUGAUUAUGAAGGUGCUCUUUUAACCUUUACUGAUAUAGCAAAUGUUGCAUCCAAUAUUCACUCGGAUACCUUAGGUGUUCACUGUGAUAUUUUAUCAAGAUGUGAAAUAUCAAGAGUUUUUUUACUACUUAUAUUAAAACCUACUCGCCAAAAAAUGCCUAGUGAAUUAACAUUAGUAUUAGAAAAAUAUAUGUGGAUAAAUGGUGAUUUUGAUUCUCCUGUUGAAUUUAUAUCAGAUGAAUUAUUUCGUCUUCUACGUUCACUAAUUAAAGCUUAUCAACUAGGAGAGACAUCUUGUUUGUAUACAAUUGAAUCUGAUCUAACACCACAUUUAACAUUAGAACAAAGAAAAUUAUUGUCAGUUUUAAUCAAUACUCUAACUUAAUAUAAUUAGGUUUUGACCAUACAUAUAAGUUAAAGUUUUAUGAAUUAAAUAAAUUUAAAAU